ACAUGAUGUGCAAGAAUAAUGCACAUAUGCAGCAAAGAAUAUGUUGCAGUGAAGUAAUGAAUCUCAGAAUGUUCACUGACUAACAAAAUCGUAUCUCGUUAUUUCCUCUGAUAUUUUGCAGUACUAAAGAAGUAAAGCACUUUUGGUUAGGCCAUAAAAAUAGUUUAGUUUUAGAAAUGUGGUGUCUCAAGAAGCUGCAGUUGCCUUCAUUUUUGUCUUCUAAUUUGGCUCUUUUGGUUUUCAUCCCUUUGUUUCUGGUUUCAAUUCUUGCUUGUACAUUAUUAGGUAGUUCUUUUGUGUCAUCAUUUUCUUCUUCUUCUUCUUGGAAUGGGAUUAAGUCUGUUGGAAUUUUGACCUCUUAUUCUUUGAGGUCUUUAAGUAGUUAUGAAGAACAAGAUGAGCAUUUACAGAUAGUUGGCCUAGCUGAGGCUCCAUCUUUUACUUCUCCUUUUAACAACUCAUUGGUAACUGAAGACUCAAUUCCUCAUCAACCUCCCCAAGAAGGAGAGUCACAGAAUGAGAAGGAUGAAAUAUCAAUUGAAAGAGAAGAACAUGGUAAUAAUGCAACUGCAGGGGUAGUUAAAAUGUACAGCAGGUUAGAAAGGGUUGAAGCCAUUUUGGCAAAAGCCAGAUCUUCCAUAAGAGAAGCUGCUCGAAAUGGGAGUAUGAUAUCUAGCCAUCAGGACCCUGAUUAUGUUCCUCAAGGCCCCAUGUACCAUAACGCAAAUUCCUUCCACAGGAGCUAUCUUGAAAUGGAGAAGAACUUCAAGGCAUAUGUGUAUGAGGAAGGAGAACCUCCAAUAUUCCAUAAUGGUCCAUGUAGGAGCAUAUAUUCAACAGAAGGAAGGUUUAUACAUGAAAUGGAAAAGGGAAAUUUCUACAGAACAAAAGAUCCAGAUGAGGCUAUGGUGUAUUUUCUGCCAUUUAGUGUAGUUGUGAUGGUUCAUUACCUCUAUGUCCCUGGUGCCCAUGAUAUGCAUACCAUUGGUACAACUGUUGCUGAUUAUGUUAAAGUCAUUUCUUCAAGACAUACCUUUUGGAACAGAAGUCUUGGUGCUGAUCACUUCAUGCUUUCCUGUCAUGACUGGGGACCGCGUUCGACUUCAUACGUUCCACAUCUCUUCAACAACUCCAUAAGAGUUUUAUGCAAUGCCAAUACCUCAGAAGGUUUUAAUCCUAUAAAAGAUGUAUCUCUACCGGAAAUCCAUCUCAAGACGGGCGAUAUCAAGGGACUAAUAGGAGGUCCCUCACCAUCAACAAGAUCAAUUCUUGCAUUCUUCGCGGGUGGUUUACAUGGUAACAUUAGACACCAUCUGCUAAAACAAUGGAAAGGGAAAGAUGAAGAUGUGUUGGUUUAUGAAAAACUUCCAAGAAGCAAAUCUUAUGAAUCCAUGUUAAAGAAGAGCAAGUUUUGUUUGUGCCCAAGUGGAUAUGAAGUUGCAAGUCCAAGAGUUGUGGAAGCAAUAUAUGCAGAAUGUAUUCCUGUCUUGAUUUCAGAUAGUUAUGUGCCACCAUUUAGUGAUGUCCUGAAUUGGAAAUCAUUUUCUGUGACAGUGGCUGUGAAGGACAUACCAAAUAUCAAGAAGAUACUAAUGAGCAUUUCACAAAGUCAGUACUUGAGAAUGCAUAGGAGAGUGAAGCAAGUUCAGAGGCAUUUUGUGAUUAAUGGACCUCCCAAAAGAUUUGAUCUGUUCCACAUGACUGUUCACUCCAUAUGGCUAAGAAGACUAAAUAUAAGAGUUCACGAAUAGGAUUUUACUAUUCUUAUAUUUUCGUCAAGUUAAAGAGGGGGGAACUUUCAGCAGUUCAACUGGACUUGAAUACUCAUUUUAACUAGUAGUAUGAUGAUGGUUUUUGUUUUUUCGGUUGUUUUCUUCUUUUAUUUUUAUUUCUGACAAAAGUUUCUUGAAUUUUGCUGUUAAAUCUUGUAAACAGUUUCUUCC